ACCAGCUAUCCCUGCAUUUCUGCAGCAAAGUCAAAAGAAGCCAGAGACUAAAUUGGCUAAGACUCUUAUGCUGGAAAGAGAGCACGGUGACAAGAUGAAUAUGCUGAUUUUCAAGUGUCUUCAGAUUGCUUUGCUGCUAGUUUUCUCUGGCAGAUACACCAUAGCAGAAAAGAAAACACAGCAAUCUAAGUGGACAUACAUAAUUCACAUGGACAAGUUCAAUAUGCCGGCAAGUUUCAACGAUCAUCUCCACUGGUAUGAUUCAUCCCUAAAAUCAGUAUCAGAAUCUGCAGAGAUGCUGUACACCUACGAACAUGUAGCUCAUGGCUUCUCCACAAGGCUAACUAACCAAGAAGCAGAGUUACUCGCAAAGCAACCGGGAAUUCUGUCGGUUAUCCCUGAAGUUAGGUAUGAGCUUCAUACAACUCGAACACCAGAGUUCCUCGGCUUGGAAAACACCACCACCACCACCACUCCUCUUUCGCUUGCCUCUGGAAAACAGAGCGAGGUGGUUGUUGGACUACUAGACACUGGUGUAUGGCCUGAACUAAAAAGCUUCGAUGACACGGGACUUGGUCCAGUACCCAGUAGCUGGAAAGGCGUGUGUGAGACAGGUAAAAACUUCAACUCAUCAAACUGUAACAGGAAGCUUGUUGGUGCAAGGUUUUUCCCCAAAGGCUACGAGGCAGCUUUUGGACCCAUUGAUGAAAAGGAAGAAUCAAGGUCACCAAGGGAUGAUGAUGGCCACGGAAGUCACACAUCAACUACAGCUGCAGGUUCUGCAGUUGCAAGAGCUAGCCUCUUUGGUUAUGCUUCUGGGACAGCAAGAGGCAUGGCCACACAAGCCCGAGUGGCCACUUACAAAGUAUGUUGGCUUGGUGGGUGCUUUACAUCAGACAUCGUUGCUGGAAUUGACAAGGCCAUCGCAGAUGGUGUCAACAUCCUUUCCAUGUCUAUUGGGGGAGGUUUACAGGACUACUACAAAGACAUUGUUUCUAUUGGAACAUUUGCAGCCACAGCACAUGGAAUACUAGUAUCUAUUUCAGCAGGAAAUGGUGGGCCUAGUGUAGGAACUUUGUCUAAUGUGGCGCCAUGGACAAUCACUGUGGGUGCUGGAACUAUAGACCGUAAUUUCCCUGCCUAUAUCACCCUUGGAAAUGGGAAGAGAUACACGGGUGCAUCUCUUUACAAUGGCAAACUACCAUCUGAUUCUCCACUACCACUUGUUUAUGCUGGUAAUGUUAGCAAAGAAUCCGACGGAAAUCUGUGUACCACAGGUAGUUUGAUUCCUGAAAAAGUUAAAGGAAAAAUCGUGAUAUGUGAUCGAGGAAGCAGUGGUAGAGUGGCAAAGGGUUCGGUGGUCAAGAGUGCUGGAGGCGUUGGGAUGAUUUUAGCAAACAAUGAAUACUACGGGGAAGAGCUAUUUGCUGACCCCUAUCUCCUCCCUGCAGCAGCUUUGGGCCAGAAUGCCGGCGAUGAAGUAAAGAAGUAUGUUUUCUCUGCUCACAAUCCCACGGCUAAAUUUGCAUUCGGUGGCACCCAGUUAGGGUUACAACCGUCCCCAGUUGUGGCAGCUUUCAGCGCAAGAGGACCAAAUGUGCUGACGCCAAAAAUACUCAAGCCAGACCUGAUAGCUCCAGGAGUCAACAUCCUAGCUGGGUGGAGUGGUGCAGUUGGACCAACUGGCUUGGACGUUGACAAAAGGCAUGUGAGCUUCAAUAUCAUCUCUGGAACAUCCAUGUCAUGCCCCCAUGUCAGUGGUUUAGCUGCACUCCUUAAGGGAGCUCACCCAGAAUGGAGCCCUGCAGCUAUAAGGUCUGCCUUUAUGACUACAGCCUACAGAACCUACAAAAAUGGGCAACCCAUACAAGAUAUUGCCACUGGGGUACAAGCUACACCGCUUGAUUAUGGUGCUGGACACGUGGAUCCAGUAGCUGCUCUUGAUCCCGGUCUUGUGUAUGAUGCUACUGUGGAUGACUACUUGAGCUUCUUCUGUGCCUUGAACUACACUUCGUCUCAAAUAAAGCUUGCUACAAGAAGACAGUUUACCUGCAACAAAAGGAUUAAGUACAGAGUGGAAGAUCUCAAUUACCCAUCUUUUGCUGUUCCUUUUGAUGCAGAUGAUUCAGGCAUACGGGGUGGUUCUCAGAAACCAAGCACUGUCCAGUAUAAAAGGAUUUUAUCUAACGUGGGCACCCCCUCAACAUAUACAGUUUCAGUGUUAUCGAUGUCUCCCUCAGUGAAGAUUGUAGUUGAACCACAAACACUAAGUUUCGGGAAACUGUACGAAAAGAAGAGCUACACGGUUACAUUCACGUCUUCUUCUUCAAUGCCUUUUGGCACAAACACCUUUGCUCAUCUGGAAUGGUCGGAUGGGAAACAUAAGGUCACUAGUCCCAUUGCUUUCAGCUGGAAUUGACUCUGAUAUUUGAAGGCCCUUACUCUGAAUUACCUGCUGCAAACAUUGGUCUGAGUACAAAAAAUAAUUGUAUCUCUUUGCUGUGUUGUUUUGGCCCAGCGAAGAAGCCUAACAGAGCCGGUCAUGUGUCUUUUUGCUCUUCUUUGGACAUUGAUAAAGAAUAAUUGUACAGAAAAAACAGGCU